UUAACGUACUUGUACAUGGCGGUCACGUCGGAAGCCAAGUCGACGGCAGGGAAAGACUGGAUGUGUGGAAAAAAGUGCCUUCGUUUGGAAGCGUCAAACAUUGAAAAUUGUUAUGUGGAGCGUGGCGGGAAAUUUGACUCACAGUUACUGCGUGAUCGCACUCUGUGCUUAUCAAUACUGUACUGGGCCAGGUGUUGCAUGAUGGGAGAGCCGCGGUACACGAUCGAGCAAAUCGACCUGCUACAGCGGCUGCGGAGGACGGGACUCAGCAAGGACGAGAUUCUGCAGGCGCUGGACACCAUGGAGAGACUAGACCGCGAGCACGGCAGCAUCGUCGCACCACCAGCUCAUCCAUGUACCAACAGAACCAUGCGAUGGAACCUGAAAUCUGAGGGUGAGAUUGUCCCGGCUGCCAGCCCGCCCGUCUCCAGCCCACAGGGGGCACUAGCAGCUAAUGGAACAGCCAGUCCCAUGGACCAGACCAGGCCGCACAAGGACUGUGUGCUAUCUGAGGAACAGAUCCAAACUGAAGUGGAAAUCAUGCUCAAUAAAAACGUGGAGUCUGUGAAGGAGGAGCUGCGAUUAUUUCUGUCGGAGCGUCGGAUCUCACAGGGCCUCAUCAGCAGGUACACAGGUAUCAGCCAGUCGUACCUGUCCCAGUUCCUGACCCAGGGGCUGGACAUGAGCGUCAUCAAGAAGCGCACCCUCUUCACCUGGUACAUCAGGGAGAAGUUCUCCAACUCACCUGUGUCAGCACUAGACUUGACAUCAGCUGUGCCCAAGGCUGUGAGAGUAGCGGAGCAUGUAGACGACGAUCACGACUGGACACCUCACCUUCAGUUUAGGAGCAGUGUACACAGAAGGGGGCAUAGAUUUAACUGGCCCGAGGCUUGCAUCACCAUCAUGGAGAAGUACUUUGAAGAGAACCAGUACCCAGAUGAGAAGAAACGAGAGGAGAUCACCAACGCCUGCAACAGUGUUAUACAGAAACCAGGAGUGGAGCUGCCGGCCCAGAUGCUGGUGAACUCGGCCCGUGUCUACAACUGGUUCGCCAACCGGCGGAAGGACGUGAAGAGACGGCACUCCGCAGGUUUGGCAAGUUUUGGGGUCAAAAUGCACAACACUCUGUCUCCAGUGCCAAGUAGUCAGCCCAACCCUCACCAUCGAGUAGAGGAUAGAGGCAACCAAAAUACAGACCACCACAGUGGGAAUAUACUACAGGAACAAGGAGAGUCGGAGCACAAAGAGUCUCAUCAAGAUCCUGUCCAGGUCGCCGUGGAGAUGGCAGCUGUCAAUCACGCCAUCAUGGCCCUCGUCAAUCAGCACAGUGAUGACAUCGACCAGGGGGAGGAGCAAGAGGCAGAGGAGGGGGAGGAUGGGGAGUUCAGCUAAGGGGAAACGGGGAGGCCACAAGGUUCUGUAAUCAUAAUCAAAGCAAAACAUUGUCAUUAAGCAGCUACUCAAGCAACUGGAUAUGAUUAUGGAAAUGGUCAAAACAGACCAUUUCCAAAAUCAUAUCCAGUUGCUUGAGUAACUGCUUUUUGGUGUAACUUUUUGCCUGGAUGUCAAACCUUCAUCAGCGUAAAGCAAAACCUCAUGUUUUUAGAAGAAAUAUUUGACUGGUGUACCUGAAAGGCUGUUGUCAAGGCCAUAAUGUUUUCUAAGUGUGCAGUUAAACAUGCCCAAGAAGACCACCCAGGAGACAUAUGAAUCUGGUCUACGUCCACAGGUGGCCACUAUAGACAGGGUGCUUUUAAAGUGCUUGUGUCAACAGGAAAAAAAUAUCUCUAAGGAACCACCAAAAAGAGGUCACAUUGGCUGGAUGGUUCUUAUGUCGAGAUGGCCUUUUGUACAGGACAGACUGUACAAUGAAUCAGAAUGUUUUAAGAAUUUGACCAGUGUACUUGGUAGGUAUGAAAAUAUAUUGUAUUGAAUUGAAGGGUUGUCCAAUUUUCUAAUGAAAGGCAAAAGUAAUCAUAACUAUAUCUUUAUUGCAAGUUUAUUUACAACAAAGUUGCAAUUAAAACAACAUGUAAUUAACUGAUUUUGAUAAGAACAAUACAGAUGAUAAGGAGCUGGGUAGAGCUAAACUGUGGAAUUAAUCAAAUUGUGAAGAAAAGAGUUGUGAAGAAAAAUAGGACAUUCUUGUAUACGUAGUUGGAAAGAUAAUUUGUGACAGUAGCUCACACUCUAUUUAUCCAUGUUGCAUUAUAGAUUUUGUACUGUUUAACCCUCCUGGGCCCAAGUUCCUAGGAACAGGAGCUAGAAUCAUGUAACUACAAUUGUUGCAUAACUCUUACAAGGCAAAUGUGUAAGUGCAAGUAAAGUCUGGGUUGAUAAAAAUGCCCAGGUGUGUGAAGAUGCUAUUAUUAUGCCAUUUACCAAUGUUUAAAUCUCUUAACCUUAUGUUUCCCAAACAUUCCUUGAAUUAGGUUAACGUAAAAAAAAAGGAAAGAUUUGUCAGUAAUCUUUUGAUUUAUUUGUCAAUGCCAUGAUUCAUAACUUUUUUAUGAGAAAGUAUUUUAGAUUGCACUUUAUCAUGUGCUUCCAUUAUUCACCAGAAAUUCUCAAUUUCGAGAACUUGAAGUGACAAAUUAAUCUUGAAGUGAAUUUCUCCCACUCUUUUGAGUCCCCAAGAGCAGUAGUUUUAUGUGUAAAGCGAUAAAUCAAAGUGACCCCUCCUUCUUCAUACACCCAUUCCAAAAUGCUAUGUGCCAACUCUUACCACGGAGGUUAAACCGAACCAAGGAAAAAUGCCAAUCAAUUUACAGCUACUCUCAUUGGUUAAUCAAAUGACCAAUCAGAGACCAGAUAGCAGGUUGAGGGGCUUUAUGUUCUGACUUCAGAUGUUUGCCAUUUUGUGAUAUUUGUAAGUCGAUGUGGAACCCUACAAAUCAAAUCUGUAAAAAUAUUACCGCAUUUUAAAAAAAAUUCAUUUUGUUCUUUGUAAGAAAUUAACUGGGACUUGAAGUCCCAAUAGUGUGUACAUAUAGUAGUAAGUAGUAUAAAUGCAGAAAAAGUUGUUCACAAACUAGUGAGAGUUUUAAUGUGUUUAAAAAAACAAACAAACUCACUACCUCCUUUAGUAUUUGCACCGAAUGCUAACAUUAGUAUCUGCGUGCAAUAGAUUUUUCCAUAACUACUUUAAAUGUUAGGGAUGCCAUAUGUUGUACAAGUGUUGAUGAUGAUGAUUGUACUAAUGUUGUGAUGUAAAAAGUUGUGUUAACAUAUUGAGAAGUCCCAAUUUUGUAUGUUGGUAAGUGCAUAGUUUAUUGACUAAUUCCUAGACAAGACAAUUCUAAGUUUCCAAGUCAAUUAUGGUAUAAUGAUGUUUGUCCAGCUAUUGUCCAGGUUAAAAACAAGAUAUCAACUGUACAUAAUUUUUACUUUCAUGUUCGAAUAUCCGUCAUCUGUACACGUAUGUAGUACAUGGCAUGUUAUUUUUGGUACUGUUAUUCAUGUUAUUUAAUGCAUUGUUAUUUAUAUGUAUUAAGUCUAGUCCUUUUAUGUUAGAGAAUAUUGUGUACAUGUAUACUUUUGUGUAAACUUUUGUGUCCUAGAAAUGAAAAGUUUCAGUAAACAUGUCCACCAUCUCAGUAUCUCAGUAAUCACUAGUCCAGUAUGUGAAUUUUUACUUGUUGAAACUAAUUUAUUCAUUAAACCUUAU